GCGGGGCCUUUGGGAGAGGGACAGGGAGAGGACAUGGCGGCGUCUGACUGUGUUGUGAUCACUGAUGAUGAACAAGGCUACGACCUCGAUCUGUUUUGCAUCCCAAAGCAUUACUCAAAUGAUCUGGAAAGAGUAUAUAUUCCUCAUGGUUUAAUCAUGGAUAGGACUGAACGUCUGGCAAGGGAUAUAAUGAAAGCCAUGGGAAAUCACCAUAUCGUUGCCCUUUGUGUACUCAAGGGUGGCUAUAAAUUUUUUGCUGACCUUUUAGACUACAUCAAAGCAUUGAAUCGGAACAGUGACCAAUCAAUUCCAAUGACGGUAGACUUCAUCCGCUUGAAGAGUUACUGCAAUGAUCAGUCAACUGGAGAGAUAAAGGUGAUUGGUGGAGACAACCUCUCGACCCUAACGGGAAAGAAUGUUUUAAUUGUUGAGGAUAUAAUCGAUACGGGUAAAACAAUGCAGACUCUGCUGAGCAUGUUGCAAGAUUACAAACCCAACAUGGUGAAAGUGGUGAGCCUGCUGGUUAAACGAACUCCUCGAAGUGUGGGCUAUCGGCCAGAUUUCGUUGGUUUUGAAGUUCCUGACAAGUUUGUGGUUGGAUACGCACUUGAUUAUAAUGAAUACUUUAGAGACUUAAAUCAUAUUUGUGUAAUCAGUGAAAAGGGAAGAGAGAAGUACAAGGCAUGAGGUGCGUGACACUUCGAUGGACUGUCAGAUUGCGAUGGUUGAAAUCAGCUGAAGACAUUGUCUAGAAGAUAAUCUCUAGGGCUGUGUAUUUGUUACUGUCAGUGAAUUAGUUAUUUAAGGGGCCCAUCAUGAAUGUGCUUAAGUAUUUUAUUUUUGUACUGUAAAACAUAAAGUUACAAUCUAUCAUCACCUUUUGUUAUAUCCAUUUCAUUCUGCAGUUAUUGCUUGAAUUAAGUUUGCUUGAAGAAAUAUUUGGCAAGCUUUGGCAAACUUCAUUUGAUUAGUGAGAAACAGUAAAAGAACCUGAAAUAGCAGUAAUCAUGAUAAACCAAGUGUUUCCACCAUGGUGGCUUGAAUAAUGAUUGUUUACAAUAUCCUGUGACUUAACUCCUAAUACGGGAGCUGGUCUUUCUGUCAGAGGGAUGCCAUCAAAGAGAUUCUUCCACUGUCUGAAAAUUCAUUACAGCUGAAGGAACUAUCAAAGUAGUGGCACAGAAAUCAGGGACUAAUGGUGGUCCCCACAAUUAAAAUUCCACUGGACAGAGCUGUGUGAUGUAUAGGAUCGCAGUAUUGCCUCUCACUGGACAGUAAGCCCAAGAGAGGUACGUCUGAUGGACCAACUUUUCCUAGCCAUAGCAGAGCUGAAUAGUACCUUGGGGGAUAAGAAUAGAGUUCCUUUUCCUUCCCCCUCUUUCCCCCAUGUGAGUAUUUCCAGUAGCUCUCUUGCACCUCUCGUUUACUACAGUUGGUGCGCAUGUUUCAAUACCAAAUUCUAUUUGCUGUUCAGCAAUGAGCUGAGAGCAAUCCUGUCUGUAUUUCCCUUCAAAAUUGGUACCAAAACUUUGCCUUGUUAAACGUUGCCUCAGGUGGACUGAACAAACAAGCUACAAGGUGAGAGAUUAGGGAAGCGGUAGGAAGAUAUUUCAUAAUUCUCACAGAUAUGCUCCAUUGAGAGAGAUUCUGUGAUGUGUCAUCAUUCUGUAACUAAGGAAGUUAAGGAUUGUAUCAAGCUGAAAGAAAAGACUUGCCAUAGAAAAAGACAAAUCUCAGAAAGAGGGCAUUCAAGCAAGCUGUCAUAAACUAGCCACGCAUUCUAAUCCUGUUUUUCAGAAUGUUGUUCUUAGCUUUGCAUGUUACAGCAUUUCAGGUACAUCCUGAUUCCUUUAAGUGUGAUGGCAGUUUCUGCCUCACACACCUGAGCAGUGAAUUCCAGGAACAUCAUCCAAUAUUCCCAUUAGUUUUAUUUCUUCGCAAAUCCUCUGGAAACAUGUCAAAACUGUAGACGAUGUUGGCAACAUCCAACAGCCUAGGGAGGCAACAGCCUAGUGGUAUUGUCAGUGGAUUGUAAAUCCAGAAACUUGGGUAAUAUUCUGAGGAUCUGGAUUCAAGUCCUGCCACAGCAGUUAGUGGAAUUUGAAUUGAAUAAAAAUCUAAAUGCUGAUCAUGUCAAUUGUUGUAAAACCCCAUCUGGCUCACUAAUGUCCUUUAGGGAAGGAAACUGGCCUCAAUGUGACUUUGGUCCCACAGCAAUGUGGUUGACUCUUAACUGUCCUCUGGGCAAUUAGGGAUGGACCAUAAAUAUUGGCCUAACCAGCCAUGCUCUUAUCCAAUGAAUGUUUUAAAAACAAAAAAAAUGGUAUGGCCUGCUACAUGUAACCAGGCAUCUUGGUCAUCACCCCUGGGUGAAAUAUCCUCCUCAUGUCUGCUGCAAUCCUUCUACCAAUCACCCUAAAUUUGUGUCCCCAGUGUUUAACUUCCUCAUGAAAGGAAACAGGUCUUCACUGUCCAUUGUACCCCAAGGCCUUCAUUAUUUUGUAUAUCUCAAUUGAGUUAUCCCUUAGCCUUCUCUGUUCUAUGGAUAAUAAUGUUAACCUAUCCGAUCUUUGCUCAUCGCUGCAAUGUUCAAGAUCUGACAAUAUUCUUAUAAAUUCCUUUUUUACUGUCCCUAGAGCAAUUGUGUUCUCCCAGGGGGCCCCCAACUUACAAAUUUUCAAUUUACAAAUAUGUACUUACAAAUGCAAUCUCGCACAAGAGUGUAAUUUCAAAUCUGUGACAUAUAAACAUUUCCUAUCACUUAUGAAUGACUUCUUUAUAUUGUUUAUGUUGUAUUCUGACUUAAGAAUGGAUUCUGGAAUAGAACCUAUUUUUAACCACCUUCUCUAUCAUCCUGCCACCUUCAGGGACCUGUGGAAAUUCACUCCUAGGUCUCACUUUCUGUACCCCCCUCAACAUCCAUUUAUUAUUAUUAUAAUAGUAUGAAACAAAGAGCUGCAGUUCCUAGAGAUCUGAAACAAUCACAGAAAUUGUUGGCAAAACUCAGCAGGUCUGGUAGUAUUUGUGGGGAGAAAGCAGAGUUAAUGUUUUGAGUUCAGACUCGAUGUUAGCUCUGCUUUCUCAAGAUUAUUCCUUUAUUCUGUUUGCCUUCCCCCAAAUGCACGACCUCCCACUUCUCUGCAUUGAAUCCCAUUUACCACUUCUCCAACCAUUCAACUUAACCUUUGAUAUCAUCCUGCAGUGGACAGCAACCUCUUUGCUCUUGACUUCCUAGCCAAGUUUGUGUCAUCUGUGAACUUUCUAAUCAUGCCUUUGGAACACAACUGGAGGUCCUAUUCUGUUCACAAAAAACAUCUGACAACUAUUGUCUAAGAGAUGGGGGAGCAGGCUGACCCAGUGAUGCCCACAAAAAAAGUAAGCCAUUCAGUUCAUCCAGUCUGCUUCACACUGCAAUGUGAUUGUUCCUCAACUCCACUUUCCUGCCUUUACCACAUAACGUUUAAUUCCUUUGAUUAAAAAACAGUCCAUCUUGGCCUUGAAUACACUAAAUGAUUCAGCCUCCAUAGCCCUCUGUGAUAAAGCAUUCCACAGGUUCAGUUCCUUAUAAGAAGAAAUUUUUCCUUCGGCUUGAAUAGGUGACCUCUUAUUCUGAGUUUAUGCCCUGUCAUCCUAGACUUUCCCAUAAGGUGAAACAACCUUUCCACAUCACCCUUUGAUCCCUGUCACUGAAUCAAUUUUGGAUCCAACUCACUAUAUCGCCCUAUAUCUCAUUCUGUUUAAUUUUUCUGACCUAUCUGCUAAGUGGGACCUUGUUGAAUGCCUUACUGAAAUCCAUAGAGAUAAACCUGCUCUACAAUCAUCAUCCAUCAUCCUUUUAAUUCCUUAGAAAUUCAAUUAAACUUGAUUUGACUUUCCCCUAAAACCAUGCUGGCAAUCACUGAUGAAUGUCCAAGGUGGUUUCUUUACUCAGAGUAGUAAGGGAAUGGAACGCUUUGCCUGCAACGGUAGUAGAUUCACCAACUUUAGAUACAUUUAAGUCGUCAUUGGAUAAGCAUGUGGACGUACAUGGAAUAGUGUAGGUUAGAUGGGUUUUAGAUCGGUAUGACAGGUCGGCACAACAUCGAGGGCCGAAGGGCCUGUACUGUGCUGUAAUUUUCUAUGUUAAUCUGUAAACAAGAUCAGAAGUUGCUGGAAAAGCUCAGCAGGUCUGGCAGCAUCUGGGUAGAGAAAUCAGAGUUAACGUUUUAGGUUGAGUGACCCUUCCUCAGAAUUGGAACAUCACGUUCAUACUUCACCAAGGUUCAGACUGACUGGUUUGUAAUUAUUUGGCUUGUACCUCACAUGUUUUGAAUAAUGAAACAAUAUUUGUCGAUCUCCAGUCCUUUGGUACCUCACCUCUAUUUUGUGCAAAUUGGAAAAUGAUCCUCAGAGCAUCUGCUAUUUUAUUCUGAGCUUCUGUUGGUGUUAAUAGCCUAAGAGACAAUGCAUCUGACCCUGAUGAUUUGUCCCCCUUCUGGAAGGUCAGACCCUCCAGUACUUUCCUUCCCAAAUGCAUAUUUUAUUUAAUAUUUCACUCUCUUUUGACUAGAAUGUCAUCUUCAUCCCUAUGCUGUGUGAAGACAGACAAAAUACACAACAAAAUCCCUGCUGACAUCUGUACCAAGCACAAGUUACAUCGUGCAUCAAUGAUAGGCCCAACCCUUAGUCAUUCUUCUGGCCUUAAUGUACUGAUAGGGAGUUGGUUAGCUCCAUUGGCUAGGUGGUGGGUUUGUAAUGUAGAGUGAUGCCCACAAUGUGGGCUCAGUUCCCACCCUGGCUGAGGUUACCUUCUCAACCUCUCCUUGCCUGACGCAUGGUGACCCUCCGAUUAAAUAACCACCAAUUGUCUCUCUCUGAUGAGAGAGUAGCUCUGUUGGGACUAUGGUACUUUACUAAGUAUUGAUUUUUCUUGGUUUUACCAGUCAAUGUUGCUCUAUAUUCUGUUCUUCUAAUUCCUCCCUUUUUUCACUUUGUCCUAUAUUCGUACUAAGCUUUCUAAUGCGCAUAACAAGGUGUAGAGCUGGAUGAACACAGCAGGCCAAGCAGCAUCAGAGGAGCAGGAAAGCUGACGUUUCGGGCCUAGACCAAGAAGGUCUAGCUUUCCUGCUCCUCUGAUGCUGCUUGGCCUGUUGUGUUCAUCUAGAUCUACACCUUAUUAUCUCAGAUUCUCCAGCAUCUGCAGUUCCUACUAUCUCUGAAACCCUUUCUAAUGUGGCAUUUGUUUUUGAAACAUUUUACUGUUUUUCUUUUGUACCUGUAUGCUUCUGGUUAAUCACUGGGGAUCUCAAUUUGGCAGCGUCUUCCUUCAUCUGUGAUGGGGCAUUGCGUAGAAUUGUAUAACACUGCAAAUAAGUAAUUGUGGCCUCAGCACUGAUCUCUCUAACACUCCACUUAUUACAGGUUGCCAUGCUGAAAAUGUCCCCCAUAUCCCAACUUUGCCUUCAAUGAGUUAGCCAAUCCUCCAUGCAUCAUAAUAUACCACCCUCAACACCAUGGGCUCUUAGAAAGCAACCAUUGACAAUUUUCCAAACCUCUGGAACUUUUCCAAAAUCUAAGGAUUCCUCGAAGGUUGCAAUGAGUACAUCCACUAUCUUAAUCAUUACAUCCUUUAACAUCCUAAGAUACCAACUCGGUAGAAUUCUUUGAUGAAGUGAUGUCUUACAAACUUGAUAGAAUUCUUUGAGGAAGUGACAAAGUUGAUAGACGAAGGAAGGGCUGUAGAUGUCAUAUCCAUGGGCUUCAGUAAGGCGUUUGAUAAGAUUCCCCAUGGCAGGCUGAUGAAGAAAGUGAAGUUGCAUGGGGUCCAGGGUGUACUAGCUAGAUGGACAGAGAACUGGCUGGGCAACAGGAGACAGAGAGUUGUAGUGGAAGGGAGUUUCUCAAAAUGGAGAAGUGUGACCAGUGGUGUUCCACAGGAAUCCGUGUUGGGACCACUAUUUUUUGUGAUAUACAUAAAUGAUCUGAAGGAAGGUAUAGAUGUCUGAUUAGCAGGUUUGCACAUGGCACUAGGAUUGGUGAAGUAGCAGAUAUUGAAGGGGACUGUUGGAGAAUGCAGCAGAGUAUAGAUAGAUUGGAGAGAUGGGCGGUGAAAUGACAGAUGGAGUUCAAUCCAGGCAAAUGCGAGGUGAUGCAUUUUGGAAGAUCCAAUUCAAGAGCAAACUAUACGGUAAAUUGGAAAGUUCAGGGGAAAAUUGAUGCACAGAGAUCUGUGUGUUCAGGUCCAUUGGGUGUCACUGAGCAGAUGUUGCUUGAUAGCAUUGUUGAUGACACCUUCCAUUGGAAUUUCCCACCUCUGGAUACAUUCUUGUGGGUUUUUUCUAUUUAUUCAUAGACUGUGGGUAUCAGUGGUUGUGGCAGCAUUUGUUGCUUAUCCCAAGAUGCCCUUGAACUGACAGCACUUUCAGGCCAUUUCAAAGAGAGUUACAAGUCAACCAUUUCACUGUAGGUCUGAAGUCAUAUGUUGGCCAGAUUGGGUAAAGAUUGCAAUUUUCUUUCCCUAAAUGCAUUAGAGAGCCAGCUGGGCUUUUAACAUUAAUAUUUCACGGUGCCACAGUGGAAUAUGAACCCAGGCUCCCAAAACCCUACUUGGAUCUCUUGAUUACUAGGCCAGUGAUAAUACCACCAUGUCAUUGCCUCCCCUGAGAUUUUGAGCACACUUUCUUUCUGGUCUUUUAGAGAUCAAGACUGCCAGAAAUGUUGAACAAUUUUUUUUUUGUUUAUCUUCAUGGUAGAAGAAUUAGGAAACUUCCCAAAGAAGAACAUUAAAAUCUGGAAACAAUAACCAUCAGUGGGGAAAGAUAUUGGGAAAAUACUGAAACGUUGCCAAAACCCCAGGACCAAAUGGUCUGCAUAUCAGGGUCUAAAGGAGGUGGCUGCUGAGUUAGGAGAGGUCUUGGUUAUAAUUUUGCCAAACCUCUUAGAUUCUGAUAGGGUCCCAGGGGAUUGGUAAAUAGCCAAUAUAACAAUCUUUAUUCAGAAAGGAGGGAGAAGAAUAUAGGCUCAUUAAUCUAACAUCUGUACCAUGGAAUUUGCUGGAAUCCAUUAAGGAGGUUGUUGCAGGAUAUUUAGAAAAUCAUAAUGUGCUCAGGAAAUGUAUUUGUAGACUUAGGAAAGAAAAAUCAUAUUUGACUAAUUCAUGAGAAGUAUUUGAUGGAGUAACAAUCAAGCUAAUAAAGGUGAACCUGUAUAUCUGGAUGAAGGUACUUGAUAAGGUGCCACACUGAAUGGUAUAGAGGGUGAUAUAUCAGCAAAGAGAAAAGAGCGGCUCACAAACAGGAAGCAGAGAGUGGGGAUAAAUGAGUCAUCAUUUUUGAAUUUACAAACUGAAUCAAUUGGAAGGCUACAGGAGUCAGUCCUGAGGCCCCAACCAUUUACUUUUUAUGGCAAUGUGUUGAUAAAGGAAACAAAUGCAUUCUAACUCAUAUUGCUGAUAACACCAAGAUAGGUAUGAAAAUUAAUUGUCAAGAGGAGCUGAGUCCAUAAAAGAAUAUGGGUAGGUUUAAGUAAGCUGGCAAACUUCUGGCACACUGUGGGAAAGUGUGAACUUGUCAUCUUUGACAGAGAGAGUCGAAAAAAGGGAAUCUGUGUCCUGGUAAAUUAAAUCUCAAAGGAGUAGGUCAGGAAACUUUACUACAGUAUCAGUGAGAUCCCACCUGGAAAACUGUGUAGUUUCAGUUUACUUAUUUUAAAAAUAAUGCAACUGUGUUAGAAACAGUUCGGAGAAUAUUCACACAAAUCACUCCUGGGAAGAAGGGAAUUAUCUUAUGAAGAAAAAUUGCACAGGUAAAGCUAAUUUGUACCAGUAUAGAAUGAAAUUUUUUUUGGAAACAUACAAGAUCGUGAGGGUAUUGACAGGAUGGAUACUAGGAGGAUGUUUCCUCUUGUGGGGAAGACUUAAAACUAUAUAACAGUUUAGAAGAGGAAGAUUUUUUUCUUGAAGUGCUGUUACUUUAUAGGAAGUUCUUCCCCAGUGAACAAAUUUAUUGGGUCAGCAAAUUUAUUCAAGGCUCAAUUAGAUUCCAGAUGGACAUUGGUUUUGAAGAUUAUGGUGGCAGAGAGGAAAGUAGAGAUGAGACCGGAACUCAAUCAGCCAUGAUCUUACUGAACAAUGGGGCAGACAUGAAGGGCCAAACUCAUAUCCUGUAUCUAUGUUUCUACAACUUCAAUAGUAGUAGAAACUUCAGGAACUUGAAACAAUCACAUUCAUGAGAGAAAGAGUCAUAUGAGUGGUAUAGACUGUUUGGCCUUUCAAGCUUGCCUUACCAUUCAGUAUGGUCAUGGCUGAUCAUCCAACUCAGGACCCUGUUCUUGCUUUUUCCCCAUCCCUUCGACCUCUUGGACAAGCAUAUGGACGUACACGGAAUAGUGUAGGUUAGAUGGGCUUGAGAUCGGUAUGACAGGUCGGCACAAUGUUGAGGGCCGAAGGGCCUGUACUGUGCUGUAAUGUUCUAUGUUCUCUUUAGCCCUGACAACUGUAUCUAACUCCUUGAAACUGUUCAAUGUUUUGGCCUCAACUGCAUUCUAUGAUAGUGAAUUCCAAUUGUUCACCACUCUCUGGGUGAAGAAGUUUCACCUCAUCUAAGUCCUAAAUUGCUUCCCCCUUAUCCUUGUGUUAUGACCUUUGGUUCUGGACUCUCUGGUCAUUGGUAACAUCUCUCCUAUGUUUACCCUGCUUAGCCCUGUGAGAUCCCCUCCUCAUUCUUCUAAACUCCAGUGAAGAUAAUCCUAACCGAUCCAGUCUCUCUUCAUACAUCAGUCUGCCAUCACAGGAAUUAGUCUGGUAAAUCUUCGCUACAUUCCCUCAUUAGCUAGAAUAUCUUUUUUCAGAUAAGGAGACCAGAACUGCACACAAUACUCCAAGUGAAAUUGCAGCAAGACAUUCCUGCUCCUGUACUUAUAGAGUCAUACAGCACGGAAACAGACCCCUUGGUCCAAAUCACCAAUGCCCACCAAGUUUCCCAAACUAAACCAGACCUAAUUGCCUAUAUGACGAUACAAUGACUUUAAGAGAUGUAUUUGUCCUGGUUUUUUAAUGAAGAAGGGUGAGACACCUAAAAGCUGGAGUUAUCUUGCUGCUAGAAUUGUACGUGAGGUAAUCUAUUUUACUGAAUUUGCCUUUUCCAAGGGUGUGUUUAUGGGCUACUAUAUUUCAACAAUUAAUUAGUAGCAGUCAAUAUAUAUGUUAAGCGUUUUGAUUGCGUUACAAUUAAGAUAAUUCUUUCAUUUGUAUUUUGUCUGUAUUACAAAUAUAGUGUAACAAUAA